CCUGAAUCAGUCUUGAACAACUUGAACUAUGUUGGAACCUAUGGUUGGAACUAGUAGGAGAACAUAAAAAAACCGUUCUCGGAUCAGUCAUAAACACGCCAGGAUAUGGCACGCACAUUGAUGAUGUCACUCGCCGAGAACUACAACAGAAGGAUCCACAGCACCGCUUAGCAGCUUAGUAACCAUCAAAGUGCAGACUAAAUUUACAGUCAUUGAAACGCUGUUUUUAUACGAAGGGCUCAAAUUGUAAUGCAAGUUUAUGCUAAGUCAUUAAGUUGAUCAAGGAAGAUAUCUUACCGUUAAACGUGUCAGACCGCGGUGACGCUAACGACGCGUAACUAGCUAACCAUAAAACUUACAUUUAGCUUGUUUUUUAUAUAAGUUAUAUAAUCACGCGCUGUGUUAUCUGACAUCAGGACUCCAAGACAACGACGUGCUCUUUUGUCUUUAUGUUUAAUAACAACUUGACAUCUCAGGAAUCUGCUAUGUUAAAGGUGCAGUCAAACAUCUCUCAGUGAGAGAUGGCGACAAAAUGAUGAUCCUACAAACGAUUUAACCAAUAAGCAUUGACAAACAUGCCUCAAAGGAAGAGAGCCCUUGUUCCUAUUAGCACAAGGAGAAGGGUUAAAUCUGAUGAAGAUUAUUUCCCUUUCAAUUUACUGCCAUUUGAAUGUCAACUCCAUGUGCUCUCAUUCCUCAGUGAGGUGGACAAGUGCAACUCCGCACUCGUGUGCGUAAGCUGGAGUCGCCUAGUGCGCUCUGGGAAGCUCUGGAGAGUCGCUGACUAUUCCCGCCGUGGCGUAUUUCACCUUGGCCAGGAGGGCCUGCUUGUUUCCAACAGAGAGUUUGAGCGUUGGAAAGCUUGGGUUCACCAUUACACCCACCAUCUUAUAUCUCGUGGUGCUAGCUUGCUCACUCUUAAGGCCAGUUUCGAUCUAGGGGAUGAGUGCAAUAAGUGGGGAGAACUUCUUUCGCAUCUUCUGGAGAACGUCCAUUGCCGAGAUCUCAGUCAUUUGGACUUAAACUGGACGUUCACUCUGCUGGAACCUCUUGACCUUCGUAGCCACACCGGUUCAAGCUCUCAUCAAGACAACAUUACCAAAAAGGACCAAGUCAAUAACUUUCAGAUUCUUCUCGCCAGACUUGUGCACAGCUGCCCCAGGAUGACCAAAAUGCGUCUGCACUUUGACUGGUCUGAAACAUCAGUGGCAUUGAUUACUCAAUUUCAACACCUCCGUAUCUUAGAACUUAAGUACUUUUGGGUAUUUAAAGGGGUCAGUCCAAGCACUUUACAGACUUUAGCUAAAUCACUGCCCAACCUGAAGUCACUUACACUCCAUGUUCUCGUCCCACUGCGGAAUUUAGGCAUCUCGUACACCCUUGAAUCCUUGUCUCUUGAGUUCCUGGAUGUGUCACCCAGUCGUGGUUUGGUUUUCUCCUGCCUCAACCUCCCAGCACUCCGAGAGCUGCGCGCCAAAAAGAUUGUCAGAGGCAUAACUCUGGACCGGCGAACUCGACUCCAGAUACAGAGCAGGUGGCCUUGCCUGUAUCAGGUCUUACGUGAAGGGACACCCAAAUUGCAGGCCCUUAACAACGAACGACUCCUUCCAAAUUGGAAAGAGCAAAGUUACAGAGAGUUGACCUCCAUCCUCCAGCAAUCUUGCUACUGCCUUCAGCAUUUAGACAGUUGGCUUUGGUGAAGUCAAGCCUUAAAACAAUCAUAGAGUCAAAGAGACACAGCUGCAUCCUGGUAGUGCACUUAAAAAUGUUAUCAUCAUGAUCAUCUUCUGCACUUAAAAUACUAUGCCAGCAGCACAUCAGUAGUUGGAAUAAAUUAAAAUAUGUGUUCUUUUAAUUUACCAUAAAACAGGUCAAAGUAAAACAAUGCUUAUAUUAUGGUUUGUGUAGUGCUGUGAUGGUUUAACUGAAGGAAAGGUCCAAGCAUAAGGCAUUAUAGUGAUGUGUACAUUUUUGAGAAGCUUAUAUGAAUUCAGCAGAUUGUGCUUAAAGAAGCUCAGCUAUGGGCAGGAUGAAGCCGAUUGCAGCAAAUAUGUGUGGAUUGUGACAAGAACUCUUUUUAAAAAAACAUUUCAGUUUUGUAUUUCAGUAAUAAGGAGGAGUUAUUUGUGUUUAUCACUGAACUAGAUUUUAUCUCAGUACUUAGUAUUAUUCAGCACUCUGACCAAUGAUACAAAACAUUCCUUAUAAUACGAUGCAAUUUUUUUGUUUGUUUGUUUUGUUGGAAUUUCAGUGGAAGGAUUUUGCUUUUUAAUAACCCCUUGAUCGGGUAUUUUAAGGAUAUUCACAUGACUGAAAAUAUGUAUGGAGUACUCCUGUAUUAUAUGUUUGAGGGUAUUACACUGUGUUUAGGCCCGCCCAUCUAAAGAAGUGUAGUGCAAGGACACCUUGUAACUAUAUCAAUUGUAAGGUUGAGUUAUUCUUUACGUUAGCUGACCAAUGAAUACGCCUACAUUGACUGCGAUAUAAUGUGCAACACCUGUGCUAAACAUUUAUAUAAUAUUAACCUAUACCUCAAACACAGAGUGCCUUUAAUAAGUCUGCGGCCUACAUGAAUUUGAUUUUAUGAAUUGAAAGCAUUGUCUGAACCCUCAAAAAUAGUCAUAUGAUUCAUUUCAGGGGGAUCUGCAAGUUGUGUUUCUUAUUAACAAUGUUACCUGAUGAAGGAAAUGCAUGAUUUGUGUGCAGUACCUCAUGCUUGUCCACAGGAGGUCACAAUAUGCUUUUCUAUUUAACUUUCUUGUCAUCCCUAAAAACUUGCUCUUUUUAGAAGUGGUGCAGUGAAUGAAAUUUUGUGUGCUUACUGGAAUUGGAUCUGCUAGAAUAAA